AUGACAGAGGAACGUUUAGUCACUGAAGUUCCCAGUAGCUUGAAGCAAUUGGCGCGUCUGGUAGUUAGAGGUUUUUAUACCAUUGAAGAUGCUCUCAUAGUAGAUAUGUUGGUUAGAAACCCAUGCAUGAAAGAGGACGAUAUCUGCGAGCUUUUAAAGUUCGAACGGAAAAUGUUAAGAGCUCGUAUAGCGACGCUUAAAAAUGAUAAAUUCAUCCAAGUAAGGCUAAAAAUGGAAACAGGUCCCGACGGUAAGGCCCAAAAGGUGAACUACUAUUUUAUCAACUACAAAACGUUUGUAAACGUAGUUAAGUACAAACUAGAUCUAAUGCGGAAAAGAAUGGAGACGGAGGAACGUGAUGCGACGAGCCGGGCCAGCUUCAAGUGUCCGUCUUGUGGCAAAACGUUUACUGAUUUAGAGGCUGACCAGCUAUACGACAUGAUGACACAAGAGUUUCGGUGUACGUUCUGCAACCAAGUCGUGGAAGAAGACCAGUCUGCUUUACCCAAAAAGGAUUCACGUCUAUUGCUAGCUAAGUUCAAUGAACAGCUGGAAACUUUGUAUAUUCUACUCAGAGAGGUGGAAGGUAUCAAGCUAGCUCCAGAGAUAUUGGAGCCAGAACCUGUGGAUAUCAACACAAUACGAGGGCUGACAAACAAACAGUCAGCGUUGCGUCCAUCAGGCGAGCAAUGGUCUGGUGAGGCGACGCGUAACCAAGGUAUAGCAGUGGAAGAGACGCGAGUGGACAUCACUAUUGGCGAUGCUGAUAACGCAGUAGACCCGACUGCACUCAGGAAGGAACGCCCUGUAUGGAUGGUGGAGAGUACUAUUGCUGCUAACGAACAGAGUGAUAGCGUGCACUCUACUGACAUGGCUCUAGAAAAGGCUGCGAGUACGGCAAGCAACGCAAAAGGCACUGGAAAAGAGAAAACAGACGAUAUCAUGUCCGUUUUGCUGGCACAUGAAAAACAAAACUCAGGAAAUUCAGCAGCGAACACCCUUAAGAGUGCUGAUCAAGAAAGUUCUGACUCCAGUGAUAACGAAUCUAAGGACCCAUACAAACUUAAGGAUGAAAUGGCUGCUGUUGCUGAAAUGGAGAGUGAGGAUUCAGAAUCUGAUGACAAUGUUCCAACUGUCUUGGUAAACGGAAAGCCGGUAGCUCUAACCAGUAUUGACGACGACGUUAUCGCGACCAUGACUCCAUCUGAAAAGGAAACCUACAUUCAAGUGUACCAAGAAUACUACAGUCAUAUGUAUGAUUAG